CUCUAUAUUCUCUCUCUCUAUAUUAAUUUUGUAUCUUUCUGUCUCUAAUAUGGAGAAGAGUGCUGAGAAAAGAUCAACCACCACCCUGAACUCAACAUCUCCAUCUCCGCCUCCACCAUCUCAUGUUGUAAUAAGCCCUUGUGCUGCAUGUAAAUCCCUAAGGCGUAAAUGUGCCGAUACAUGUUUGUUGGCGCCAUAUUUUCCUCCCAAUGAGCCACUCAAGUUCACCACUGCUCAUCGCGUUUUCGGCGCCAGCAACAUCAUCAAGUUCUUACAGGAACUUCCAGAGUUUCAGAGGGCGGACGCGGUGAGUAGCAUGGUCUACGAGGCGAAUGCAAGGCUGAGAGACCCUGUUUAUGGAUGCACCGGAGUGAUUUGUCAACUUCAAAAGCAAGUCACUGAGCUCCAAGCACAAUUAGCUGAGGCACAAGCAGAGGUUGUCACCGUGCAAUGUGAGCAAGCAAACCUCGUCAGCUCGAUUUGCUCGGAAAUGGCACAACAACAAACCUUCAACAACUACAUAAUUAGCAGUCCACAGAGUUUCGAAAAUAAUCUCAACUUCCAAGAUGACACCAGUCUAGAGUCAUUGUGGGAGCCUCUUUGGACAUGAUCAUCAACAAAUUAUAUCGUCUUCUACGUAUGGCUUUGUGGGCUUCGCGGGGAAAUCUCUAUUCAAAUCUCCUAACCCUGAGUUAAUGGCAUUGAUGAGAAGGAGAAUUUGAAGAUCUACAUUUGAUUAAGAAAGUUGGUGUAUGUUAGUAGGAACUAAAUGUAAUAUUAUUUACCGAAACUAGCUAAAUGUAAUAUUGUGUGAACA